UUUGCCUGUAAGACCGCGCAGAGGGACUUUGUGAAAUCGGCAAAUACAUCAACACUUAGCUAUCGUUAGCUAAACAACAACACACGACAGUGUUAGCUGGUUCAUGUUUUCAAGUAAACUGAGCACUGAAAAGGCAAACAUGAGCCGUUCUAGUCGACCCGGCAGACACGGGACACCCGUGUUCACCAGGGCAACACGCCUCGGAACAUCGAAGCCUGACCUGGAGAGAGAUUCAGGCUUCUCAGAUGCUAGCUCUGAGUACCUCAGUACAGUCGAUCUGACCGACUCUGAAGAUGCAGGGAGGCCGGGGUCCAUAUUCGGCCAGGACCCAGCGGCUCCACAGGUGGCUCUGAUGGGAGGCUCAUAUGCUGCACUGUCUCCAAUGAUCAUCAUGAACAACUUAGUCCUCAAUCAGCCAUCCAUGAUGGCUCCAGCAGAAAAGCAGUGGGGGUUUUCUUCACCCUUGGAAGUGAUGCCUCAAUCCCAGGUGGUUCUUCUCCAACCCAUGGUUUCUAAUGGCAGCAGCAGCUCUGCAAACACUUGCUCUGAAAAUAGCCGACAUUCAAAAGGCCACAUGCCUGUCCUCAAGUCAUACCCGAGAAUCGCCCCUCAUCCGAAAGACGUGCCCACUAAAAGGUUGGGAUCCUCCCAGAUUAGGGGACAUUCAACAUCCCAAAAUGACCAGCAACACAGGAGGCAUCAUCACCACCACAGGCCUUACAGCUCCCCCAGCCCACAGCUGCCACUGCAGACUCCUGUCAAACCCAUCGUCAACUCUGAAGCAGCGAACACUCCGACACAGGCAGCCGAGGGUCAGGAGCAUUUUACUGACAACUCUCUCUACCCACUGGCAGAAACCAGCUCUCUGCCUCCCUGUACAGAUGAGUUCAGGACAGAGAUGGACGACGACGGGAUCCAUGCUGACAAAUACCAGGACGACCUCUCAAUGGACAAUGAUAAGCUGAAACGCUUCAGCAAUACCUACAAUAUUCUCGACAAGUCGGGUUUGCUGGGUAUCACCUUGCGCACAAAGCAGCUCAUGAAGGAAAACAAGCGCACCCAAGGCCAGCUGCAGCAACUUCAAGAGCAGACGGCUCUGCUGCUGGAGGCUCUGAACAGCAGCGACCCACAGAUCUGGAAUAAACUCCAGCUCUCUCUGCAGGACACAGAUAAGGAACAGUGGGGAGCUAAAGGUCAGAGGCUCCUGGCAUAAUGUAUUGGUGCAUGUGACCAGCGAUUCUCAAUCUGGGGGACACAACACAAUUUGCCGAAUGUGAAAAAGAUAGUUUCAAGAAAAGCUUUAUUUUUUGUGAAAUAGUCAACACAGCACCCAGCAUUUCAAUUAACCCAAAAAAGUGAACUAAACUCAAUGCUUUAAUGCUUUUGACAGCAGGAUGUUAGUACAAUUUAUCUUAUAUCCGCAGAUAAUGGAGACAAAAACCUUCAGAUGGUCUAAUCUCUAAAUAUGAAGCUGUAGCACAUUCUCUCUUGCUAAGUGGGAGUUAGGUAGCAUGCUUACAUUUCAAACCUUUGCCUAUAAUAGUUUUUCUAGCCUCUGCUGUUUCAAAGAGCAGGUAUCGCUUGCAAUAGGGUUAGGCCCUCUAUACACCGAACUGCUGUCCGCACAAGCGCAUGCCUUACAGCAUGGGAGGGCACGUGGGGUUAAUUCUAUAUACAUGCUUUGACUCUGAUCUGCAGAGAAAAUAUGAGCAUAAUGUUAACUUUAAGAUCGCAUAGAAAACCUGAUAUGGAUAAAUGCAUCUACCUUUAACAUGGUAUAGUAGAUGAAACUGAAAAAGGACAUGUCUCCUUUGUCAGGAAGUAGAUCAGGGGGUUGGCUAAACCAGUACUUUUUUUAUGUAAAUUUGUAAAUAUACAUUUGGUAUCUAUUCUAUUUAUUUUUAAAGGGGACCUAUUGUGCUCAUUUCCACCUCUGUUUUUUAUUGUGGGAUACCCUUACAAGAGUUUUGCAUCAUGCACAAUUCGAAAGCCCAUAUUUAUCUCAAAGUGCCAGUUAUACAGCCCCACCGGUGGGCUUCUGCUUGAAACAGGACAUAUUAGUCCUGGACUCCUAAAAGCUUACUCUCUUCUGAUUGGUCACAGAUCAGGAAGCCCGCCAAGGAGUAGCACACCAAUCACUUGUGUUUUGGAGCUCAGUAAAUGUCUAUGAUUCUACUCAAGUAGAUUUUUGGGGAGAGGGGCUGUAUUGUACUUGGAACCUUGCAGGUGGAACAGACAGUUGGAACCAUGCACUCAGUCCCCUUAGCUUCUUACUCUACUUUUACAUAUUUUAACCUCAUUAUUGCAAACUUAGACAAUGUGUAAUAUGCAAAUCUGACAUUGCAACAUUAUGUACAUGACAGAAGAUAAGGGAAAAGUAUUAUUGGUGCCCAUUAAUACUUGUUUGCAUCCAUCCACUUUUUGAUGGUUUGGUUGCAGUGGCAGCUAGAUAACCCAGGUAAAUAAAUCUCUCCAGCACGUUGAGGGUCUGCCCCGGGGUCUCCUACCAGUUUGCAUGUUGAGGGUGUGAUCAAGCCAACAGAGCCGAUCUGUUGCUAUCGCCCAUCAAAACUCCACUGGGGCUCAGAUCAGGCAGCCUGUCUCUCCCAGUCAUGUCACUCCAGGUUUCUCCAUUGUUGCCUACAUGAGUUUUGAAGUUCCCUGAGUCAAACUAUAGAGUCUCCAAGUGGUGCCUUUCCUGAGAUCUCAUCCACAGACUUAAAGAAGCCUGGACACUUGGAACUUCUAUUAGUAGCAUAAGCACAAACAGUCAGAGGCAUCCUCUUUGCGACUUGCAGUAGCAUUCUCCAGGGAGAACUCCAUGACACUCAGCCUGGGCAACUCUGAAGAAGUUUUCAGUUUGGUUCCCGAGCCAGAGCUUUGGGUCGAGGUGAGCCUGUCUAGUAUCUAGCUGGUCCCUUUCCACCUCCUGCACCCACUCUGGUUCCUUCCCCACCAGAGGUCACAUUCUACAUCCCUACAGCCACUCUGUGACAUCAAGGAUUGACACCCUAUCUUUAUUAACAUAUGAUGUUUUGGAGACUGUCUGCACUCAUGACCCUUUUUCUUGCUGCCUUUUAAUACAGUUAUUUUGGCCUAGAAUGGAGCUCGGUAGGAUGUAUGAAAUCAAAACCUCCUCGGCAGAGGUAGUGAUAUAAGGGCAUGGUGUCAGGUUUGUCAGUCUUGCAAGCUCUUGUCUUCAAAAGACACCUUAAAGGUCCAGCGUGUAAUAAUUAAAGGGGUGAAAGGGAUCCAUUGGCAGAAAUUGAAUAUAGAAUAAUUCUAGUGAUGUUUUCACUAGUGUGUAAUCACCUAAAUUCUUCAAAUUGUGGUUUUCUUUAACCUAGAAUACCAUUAGGUUCUUCUUAUGCUUGGGAGGGGAGGGUGAGGUGAGGCGUAUUCAGCUGCAACAUGCAAAUUCACCUCUAGAUGCCACAAAAAUCGUACACACUGAACCUUUAGAAUGUUUGGGAGUGUACAAAUUUGCAAGAACUUAAAUUUGAAGUGCUGUAACCAUAUAGUUGUCUUGAUUUUGCAUAUGUUGCUGCCAUGCUUAUUCCAUCUGUAGUUUCAAGCUUGAUAGGAUAUAGUAUUAUUUUCAUUUCGUUUUUUAUAACAAACUCUUGCACUUUAGUUCCACGAUUACUGAUGACAUUUUUAGUCAAAUGUUAUGACUUGUUUCUCAAAAUGAACAUUCUGUCUUGAUGAAAUAAUGUGAAUAGAAAUGUUUUAACUGGAGGCCUGUGCCUAUUAUAUGUCUCUAUGUUUGUCCAUCAUAUCAAUGCGUGAGCAGCUUAGAUUUCUGUAUUUCUUUUUAAGCUCCAUGUGACUGUUGAAUGUCUCCAAAGCAUUACAAUUAUUCUUCGAAAGUGAUAAAUAAACUAUAACUCUAGGAGCACGAUAGAGUCAGAGUUAAAUGGUUCAAUAAUAAAUGUUAAGUCAACUGUUGCAAUACUUACUCAUCAUAUAUCUAAGAAAUAAUUAGUCUAGGUUUUCAAAGGGCGGGUAAGAGGGUUACAAUUUAUCUUGAAUGAUUUCUCAGAGGUUUCCAUGUUAUUGUGAAAUGUGGUUUUCUUCAGCAAAUGUCACUUUAAUAAUAAUAAUAAUGAGCUGUCA